AUGGUUCGUAUAUUGUCCUAUGCAGUGGUGUUCAUUUUAUGUGUUACGUCUUGUUAUGCAGUCAAAGUUGUAAACGUUGAUGCCAUUUGCAAGAACGUCACAGAUUAUACAUUUUGUUCAAAUCUUCUCAAUGCAAAACCUGGGAAAAGUCGCGAUCUUGUUAGCCUUACACAAUACACCAUUGACGCUCUUCGUGUCAAUGUGACCAACACCGUCAAGCUACUCGACAGUUUAAUUGCACAUAGUGGUAGUAAUUUCAACCUAACAUACCAUUACAAUAUGUGUUCAGAACUUUUUGGUAUCCAAAAGGGUGCCCUUCAUACGUUUGAGGAUGUUGAUAAACUCUUCAAGACAGGAGAUUACGAAUCUGUGGUUGAAAGCAUGAAAACUAUCCAAUUUGAUGCUUUUAUAUGUCUUUCAGGAGAGUCACCGAGUGAUCCUCCUUAUGAGGAUACCUCUGUACUUCCAAAAUAUGUUAAUGUUGUUAAUUUGGUUGCAGAGAUUAUUAUUAGAAUGUUAUCCUAUGUGAUAAAUACCUAA